AUGCCGACAAGGCUGUUCCUCGCGUGCAUGGUUCUGCUCAGCAUAGCAAUGGCCGCGGCGGCGGCGAGGCCGGCCACUACGACGGCGGCUGACGACGCGCCGCCGACGGGGAACUGCGACCAGGACAUGCAGGACCUGAUAUCCAACUGCCAGGACUACGUCAAGUUCCCGGCCGAUCCCAAGAUCCCGCCGUCGGCGGCGUGCUGCGCCGUGGUCCAGAGGGCGAACAUACCGUGCCUCUGCUCCAAGGUCACCCCGACGGUGGAGACGUUCAUCUCCAUGGACAAGGUCGUCUACGUCGCCAGCUACUGCAAGAGGCCCAUGAAGCCCGGCUCCCAGUGUGGAAGCUAUACCGUUCCUGGUGGUUCGCUCCCCUGA